GAUCAAAUGCGUCAACCUGCUCGAGUCGCACGAAGAGCCAUCGAUUCACGCCGGCCGUUGAAGAUUUUAGUUUCGGUAAGUUUCCCAGACAUGUUCUCUGGGCUUUGAUCAUCUUUAUCCAACUAUAUGUUUUCAUCCCCUCUGCCUGCCACGUCCCGAGCUUCACACUCGUCAAUCCCAAGAAAUUUCGGUCCUCAUAAUUUGCAAAAUCUAGGGUUUCUGUUGCGGCAUUUCGCCUGCUAUGGACCUUCCGUUGCUGAGGAAGGGUUUAAAUUUCUCUCGGCGAAACAAAAACUGGCUUAUUUUACUUGCUGUUUUUGGGGCCUCCGGCUAUGGAGCUUACAGGGUCUAUCACUUGCCCUCUGUUUCGAGGAGGAGGAAACGGUUUAUGAAGCUCCUGGGAGCCCUCAUUUCUCUUGCUGAAAUGGUUUCCGAUUCUGCUGACACGAUUGCCAUUGUCUCCAGGGACAUGAAGGAAUACUUGAGUUCUGAUUCCAAUGAAAUUCCUAAUAGUUUGAAGCAAAUUUCGAAAAUUGCAAGAUCGGAGGAGUUCUCUGCAUCAUUGUCUAGAGUUACAGAGGCAUUACUUGCUGGGAUUCUGCGUGGAUAUGAGUCCCACAAGAGAAAUGAUCCUAACUCGGAGAUGGCUCCGGCCGCUUCCACCUUUUCGGAUAGGGUAUUGGAAAGACUUUUCUCCAAGGCUGGAACUGGUUUUGUCUCUGUUGUCGUAGGUAGCUUUGCGCGGAAUCUGGUUUUGGGCUUUUACUCUCAUGGCGGAUCGAUCGAUAACUACAAUGAAGGGGCUUUGUCGACGUCGUCGGAUGUACCUGGAUGGGUUAAUGUGAUUUGCAAUGACAAAUGUCGCCAGGUGCUAGGAGAUUGCGUACAAAUCUUUGUAAGCACUGCUGUUACCGUUUUUCUUGACAAGACAAUGGAUGUCAAUACUUAUGAUGAAUUUUUCACUGGACUGACCAAUCCGAAGCACCAGGAGAAGGUCAGGGACAUUCUGGUUUCUCUAUGUAACGGUGCCGUGGAAACAUUUGUUAGAACAUCUCACGAAGUAUUGACAAAUCCAAGUGUAAAUUCAAAUCCAUGUUCGCCCUCGUCUUCAGUUGUUCAUGUGAAUGAAUAUCCGGCUGCAACAGAAGACGGAUGCUUGAAGCGAGAAGCAUAUUUUCGGCAAAUUAUUGGAAGCUCUAUUAACGGAGUUCAGGAUAAUACUUGGCUUGAACAGAUCUCAUCAACGCUAUUAGUGCCAGCGAACCGAAAAUUUGUGCUUGAUGUGACAGGGAGAGUGACAUUCGAAACGGUUAGAUCGUUCAUGGAGUUUCUGUUAUGGAGGAUAACAGAUUGCACGAAAAGAAGUCUGAGUAAAGUUCAUGACGAGACCGUUGGCAAAGGAUGGCGUGUCAGAUAUGUUGGCGCCAAAUCAUCCGUUAUUCUUACAUGUCUUGCAAUGUAUUUACAUAUUCUUGGUGGUAGUAGGAUUGCCGUGCCUGCCUAGUUUGAUGAUUAUUUCAAACCCAUAAAGCAUAGUACUUUUAGAACCUAGGGACAGCAAAAAUUUGAUGUUAAACGCCUAUAUUCUUUUCAAGUAUUAUAAAUAGAGUUAAUAUGGU